CUGAGCGUCGUAAGUCGAUGCCCUUUUGACCUUUGGAUUCUGCCGCCGGCCGCCGCCGCAUUCGGACUUUGUCAGCGCUGGGCGGAGCCCGCGUUGCAUUCACGGACAUGGAGUAACUCGCUCCGAGCGUUUGUUCCGCAAAGUGCGGCCGUCGUGCGACCGGAGCGUCGUGUUUGUGUACGUGAGGCACCGCGGUGGCCUUUGUGCGGGCCUCCCAUUUUGUGGGACGUUUUUCCUCGCCCGGGUGACCGAGCGAAGCGAGAGCUUCGUGUUUGACGGCGGUCCUGGAAGGCGUCCGAGAAAGGCGGAAGGAAGCGAGGGGGCGGGGCCUCGAGGCUCGCACUCGAGCGAGUUGAUCCCAAAAAUUUGCGACUUACGCGCUGGUCUCUUCCUUCCGAGACGGCGAAAGCGGACUUUUGGACUUUGCGAGUAGCGAGGCCGAGACUAGCCCGAGGCUCGCGUCUCCGCGCGACAUGGGGAGCCGCGGCCGCCUGGCCGAGCUGUUCCGCUUCCUGCGGGACCCCCACCUGGUCGCCCGCUUCCAGCGCCUUUGCGGCGUGCGCGGAGGCUUCUCGGGCGCUUCUCGCAGGCCGCUGCGCCGCAACUCGCUGACGGACGACGCGGGCCAGGAGUUCGUGGCGGAGAACCGCUUCCUCUACUACUUGUUCACGCUGGGCGCGGAGCUGGGCAACGAGCCCUUCUACUUGAGCUUCUUCCCCUUCCUGCUGUGGAACGUGGACGCGCUGGUGAGCCGGCGGCUGAUCAUGGUGUGGGUGUGCGUCAUGUACCUGGGCCAGUGCACCAAGGACGUGCUGCGCUGGUCGCGACCCGCCUCGCCGCCCGUCGUCAAGGUGGAGAUGUUCUACGACUGCGAGUACGGCAUGCCCUCCACGCACGCCAUGUCCGGCACCGCCAUCCCCUUCGCGCUCUUCUUCCUCACCCGCGGCCGCUGGCAGGACGUGAUGGCGGGCGUGCUGUACAGCGCGCUGAUCCUGCUCUUCCUGCUGCCGGCCUUAGACGCCGUGGACGAGUUUGUGCUGACGGGCGCCUACGCGCCGGCGGCGGCGGCGGCCUUGCCGGCCGGCCUGGGCCUGCUGUCCUUCGCGCUGGACGGCUGGAGCACGUCGCGCGCCGACACGGCGCAGAUCCUGGGCUCGGGCGCCGGCGUGGCGCUGGGCUCGCGCGUCAACCGGCUGCUGGGCCUGCUGCCCGACCCGCCGCCCGAGCGCCUGCCGCUGGCGCCGCCCCCGCUGGCGGCCGCCGGCCCGGCGGCGGCGGCGGCGGCCCUCCGCUGGGGGGCCGGCGUGCUGGUGCUGGUGGCCACGCGGGCGCUGAUGAAGGCGCUGGUGGCGCCGGCGCUGCGCCGCGUCUGGGCCGUGCCCGAGCGCGAGGUGCGGCGCGCCCGCCGCGGCGCCCGGCUGGAGCUGCCCUACCGCUACGUGGUCUACGCCGCCGUGGGCUUCAACGUGCUCUUCCUGGCCCCGCUGCUCUUCCGCUUCCUGCGCCUCUCCUGACGUCCGCCGGCCCGGCCCGCCUUCCUUCAGAUGCGCUUCCGUUGCGCGCCUGCGGGGGGGCUCCCGCCUUCCCUUUGCAUGUGAGCCGGAAACGGACACAAGUCACCUUGUCUGUUGUUUGUUUGGAUGGAUGGCCGAGGGGGGGGGGGGACUCACCACUGAGCCGCCUCUUUACUUUUUCCUGUGAAGGACCACCCGUGAGAUGGCACAUAAUCGGUGAUUUCUUGCGGUUCAUCGCGUAAGCAAAUGAAAAGUUCCACGCUUCCGUCUCGGUUGGCAACCACCUUGAUGGAUGUUUUCCAAAGUCGCUUGAGAAGUUGGCAAAACGUCUUCUUUCGAAAGAGCGCCUCGCUCAUCACUCUGCCUUCGCGCAGCGCGACAGAAAUGGCUGGCGCCGGACUGAAAUCGGACAAUUUGGAAACAAAGAUCACAAAUAUUUGUGGAUUCAUUUGAUCACUUUUGUGGUUGCAAAUUGGAUUCAUUGUUAACGGCGACGUGAGAGUUGCCCGUCGCAUGUCAAGCGGAAAUAAAAAUGUCCUCGGACGUGGCGCAAGGAAGAGUCUGGUUCCCAACGUGUCAUUCUGCCGUCUUGCCGCGCGCUUACUCGAGGCUGACAAAGAGGCACUUGAAGGCAGGCCGUCUCACAGGCUGGUUGUGACGCGCCAAAUCCCCAUCGAGCCGGUUCAGCUCUCGUCUUGGCCGUGCG